ACAGUGUUGGCUAACGCCUGAUUUGUCAUCUGUGGUUUUAUUAAUUUUGUUUUGUCAAUCAAGUUCCAAUUAGAAUUGAAAUAGGCUCGUGACAAAAUGUCGUAUGGACAAGGUUAUAAUCCGUAUGGUCAGCCCGGUGGAGGCUAUGCCGCCCCGCCCGGAGCAUUUCCACCGCAAAAUGCCCAGGUUUCUCCGCAGGCCCAGCAAUGGUUCGCAAUGGUGGAUCGCGACCGGUCUGGAAAGAUUAACGCCUCCGAGUUGCAGGCCGCCCUGGUAAAUGGGCGUGGCGAUCACUUCUCGGAUAACGCAUGCAAACUGAUGAUAAGCAUGUUCGACAACGAUGCCAGCGGCACCAUUGAUGUGUAUGAGUUUGAGAAGCUCUACAACUAUAUCAACCAGUGGCUGCAAGUCUUCAAGACCUACGACCAGGACGCCUCUGGACAUAUCGAGGAGCAUGAGCUUACACAGGCCUUCACCCAGAUGGGCUUUCGCUUUACGCCUGAGUUCAUCAAUUUUCUGGUGAAGAAGAGCGAUCCGCAGGCACACAAGGAGGUGUCCGUGGACCAGUUCAUCGUGCUCUGUGUUCAGGUGCAGCGCUUCACCGAGGCUUUCAGGCAGCGGGACACCCAACAGAAUGGAACCAUCACAAUUGGCUUCGAGGACUUCCUGACCGUGGCCAUUGGCUGCUCGUACUGAUUUAUCAAGGCAACCGAUCCAAGGGAACUAAAAUCCAUACUCUUGCACACACACUACAGGCAUCAGAUUCCGCGCUUGAUGCAUUUUCUUUAAAUUUCUACGGUGUUUGUUAGCUUUUUAAUAUGUAAUGCAUAAUUUCACUCAACAGUCACAUUGCAAUCUCCUGGUACCAGAAUCCAAUUUCAAAAGUAUUUGUUAUCGCAGUUCGACUCAAUCAUAGUACAAAGUCUCUUGCGCCUAAUAAUAAACUAUACACAUGUAUUUUUAAAAGUUAA